AUGAAGGAUGCGAAGAGAAAAGCAAGAAAGCCAGCAAGGAGAUUGGAGGUGUCAAUUGAUCGAAGCAGCAUAUGGGACGUAUUGGGCGACACGAAGGUGGAUAUGUCGUUCAAGGAGUGGUUGGCGAUUGACAAGCAAGCCGCAAAAGACCUUUGUGAUGGAAUACGUUAUCUUCAUGGACGAAAGCCACGUACCCCCAAGUCCAAUUCACUUACCGCUGCCCAAGUCAAUGUGGUGAAUCUUGCUGGAUCCGAUGCCGAUGAGGAGGAGAGUGAGAUGGAAGAGGAAGAAAAAGAGGAAUGGGAUGGAUUGGGAGAUGGGGAUGGAGAAAGCGAUUCUGAAUCGUACCUUUUCGACUCCGAGUUUGAAGACGACGAUGACAAUGGCUAUCAUUCGGAUACGUCGAUCACGCAGUAUCCAUACAGUCCUGAGUCAAUGGGUUCAGCAAGGCCUUUUGCAGUUCAAGUCGAUAUCAAUGGUCAUGUCGUGGAAGCUAUUGCGGAUACGGGAGCCUCAGUAUCAGUAAUCAGCAAACCUCUUGCCCAAAGACUCAAGUUACCUAUUAAUCAAGACCUUAUGUCCAUCCAACAACUCGACGAAAGGGAUACCAAGCCAAAUGGAGUGUGUGUUAAUGUACCAGUCAAGAUCGGUGGCAAGUUGAGGCGUGAACACUGUUCGGUGCUGGAUCGUCAAUCAGACCUAUUGCUGUUGGGAUUGCCAUGGUUACGUGCAUACAAUAUCAAGAUCGAUCCUACGGCGUUGACUUUAUCAGUACCCACUUUAUCGAACAAGGAUGCAGUGAUUGUGCAAGGAUACUCUCAUUACAAACCUGCUGGAGAAGAAGUCGCAAACACGCCACAAGUGUUCAUGUUGCAGAUGGUGAAACGAGACAUGUUCGAGGGUGCAUUUGAAAUACCAAGCAAAGUCGUGGCUGCAACAUUGGAAGGAGGAGUUCGAGUCGAUUGGUACGAUGGUGGCAAUUCAGAAGGUGGAAUGAGUCAAGAGGGGGAGUGUGAAACAAAAGAGGAGUGUGAAGAAAAAGGAAGAGAAAGGAAGUGUGAAGAAAAAGGAAGAAAAGAGGAGUGUGAGAAAAAGGAGCUGCCGGAGGAAAUUCAAUGCUUGUUGAACACGUAUCACGAUUGCUUUGUGGAACAUGCUGGCCUUGGUCGGGUGAAGCUCAUAUCGCAUGAAAUCAAGACCACCACUGAAACACCAAUCAAGAGCAAGCCAUAUCGUCUUACAUGGACUGAAGAAGCACAAUUGCGUAAGGAGCUGGAUCAUUUGUUGGAGCUUGGGCUUAUCAAGCCAUCGAAGGGAGAAUGGACGUCACCUGUAUUGUUCGUUGGCAAGAAGGAUGGGUCUUUACGCCUUUGUGUUGACUAUCGACGACUGAAUAAGAUCACUGUGAAGGACCAUUUCCCUUUACCAUUUAUCGAUGAAUUGGUUGAUUCUAUGGGUGGUGCUCGAUACUUUUCGACCUUGGAUGCCGCAUCAGGGUAUUGGCAAGUACCUGUACAUGAGAAUUCGAUCCACAAGACAGGCUUCGUGACCAAGUAUGGUGUUUUCGAUUGGUGUGUGCUUCCCUUUGGUUUGACAUCUGCUCCUGCCACCUUUCAACGUUUGAUGACCCAGAUAUUACAGCCAUUGCUUGGAAAAUGUGUACACGUGUUCAUUGACGAUAUCAUUAUUUAUUCACGUACAUUGGAAGAGCAUGUGCAGCAUUUGGAACAAGUCUUCAAGAUAUGCAAGGAUACCAAUCUUCGGAUCAAGUUGGCAAAGUGCACUUUUGCAAGCGACAACGUGGAGUAUUUGGGACAUCAAAUCACCAGAGACGGAUUGAAGCCAACCGAUCGCAAUGUCAAGAAGGUGUCGGAUAUGAGCGUUCCAAAGAACAAAUCGGAUGUGAGAUCGUUUUUGGGGAUGGUUGGGUAUUAUCGGCGUUUCAUACCGGAUUUUGCGAACAAGGCUCGAGCAAUACAACAGUUGACAAGAUCCAAAGUGGACUUUGUGUGGGGACCAGAUCAAGAAUUAGCAUGCAAGGAGUUGAAGGAGGCAUUGAUCAAUCCACCGGUGUUAGCUUAUCCAGAUCCAAAUAAGGUGCAGAUCUUGACCACAGAUGCUUCUGGCAAGGGGAUUGGUGCCAUACUCUCACAAUCGGUUGAUGGCUCUAGUGAAGGGGAACAAGUUAUUGCGUAUGCAUCUCGAGCUUUACGUGGAGCUGAGACCCGGUAUGCAACGACACAUUUGGAGGCACUUGCGGUGGUAGCGGGGAUGAACCAAUUCAGACAUUACUUACGCGGGCGGAAGUUUGUGCUGUAUACGGAUCACUCUGCAUUGACGUAUAUCCUGAACAAUCCUUCACCCAGUCCCAAGAUUUCAAGAUGGUCGGCUGCCACAAUGGAAUAUGAUUUUGUCACGAAGCAUAGGAGAGGAAAGGAUAACCCUGCUGAUGCAUUGUCACGGCUGGUUGAAUGA